AUGUACUACCCGGGUUGUGGUGCUACCGUGGUUGCUGGUCUUACUGCUCGUCACGUAUGUUGUGAUCGGCAAUAUUCGCAGUUCGUUGAGAUUAGCGUGGUGGUCAGCAAGCCCCGCUUGACCUCCCCUAAACGGAUGCGAUCGUCGCUAAACACUAUUGGAAAUGUGACCAAAGAGCACUUUUUGAAGAAAGUGACCGAAAAGAAUUCGAUACCAUGGCAUCCUCGAUUAGCAGCAGCAGAGUCAAAAAUGUCGGUUCUUGUCCCUCUGUUAGAGGUGAAUUCGAGGGCUUCCGUGCUAUUCACGAAGAGGUCAAUACAUUUAAAAAGUCAUCGAGGAGAGGUAUGCUUUCCUGGUGGUAAAAUGGAAAAGGAAGAGACGGCGGAGGAGGCUGCGCUGCGAGAAACCCAAGAAGAAAUAGGCGUCGAUCCGAAGUCCGUCGCCGUUUGGGGACGUCUGAAGCCCGUUCUCACUAGGACUCUUACAGAUACGGUUGUUCCAGUCGUAGGUUGCAUGGAACAACAAGCAUUGAACCCAAAGUUGGUGAAUAAAAAAGAGGUUCAAACAUUGUUCUCGGUGCCAUUAGAAGAACUAUGUCAUACAGCUCGCUACACACAUUUCUCCUCAAAAAUCGCUGACUAUACCAUUCCUGUUUACUUCAGUAAAGAAUUUACGGUGCACUCACAUAACGAAGGCGAAUUUCUUCCCGCUGAAUUUCGCAUAUGGGGAUUGUCAGCGAUAAUGCUACAUCAAUUGUUGACCAUUAUGGAGCCGAAGAAAUACAAAGAAACCUUGAAACUACCAUUCUAUUGA